AUGUACAUCACCAGCCACGGGGCCUUCUCGGUCUGCACGGAGCUGGACAUGGCGAACAAUGUCUGCAACUUUGUCAAUGAACACCGAUACUUUGCGGAGGUGUCAAUGUACGUGGAAGCCGUCAUGCACGAUUGCACGCUGGUGGCCGAGUCCUUCGCUGAGGUCUUCAAAUUGUCAGGCCACAAGCUUGCCGACAUCCUGUCGCAUUCGCCCCCUUGCGCCACUAUGUUUGUGGAGUAUGCCACGGAGUUCGUCGGUCGCUAUUCCUCACCCGACGUCGAUGCAUUUGCCCACGAUAUUCUGCAAGCAUCCGAAGACUGUGCCAAAAAUGCCAGCGAAUGCAAUUCCUUUUAUUUGGACCUCUACAUGGAUGACAGGAAAGCCAUCCGCUACUUGAGCCUGCAGCCAUUGACCAGCAAGCCGGGACGCACUGCCAGCCCUUCUACCUUUACUGCAAAGGUGUUGAACUCUUCGAGCGUGCCAUCCUUGGAGGAGCUCCGGGAUGCUUUUGUAGAGCUGGACGUGGAGGGUGGCCUUCAUGCGAGGUUCUCUGAGCCGAAGGAGCAAGAGCGUGCUGAAUCUGCGAUCCUGUCUUUGGUAUCCCUGGUGCGGGAUGACUACGCAGCCUACAUCCUGCCCCAGCGAGAGAACGGUCGCCUGACCCGACCACAGUGGCAGCAGCUGCGGAGCGUUCUGGAAUGGGCGGGUCCGACCCAGGAGAAGUUGCAGGCUGCGAUUCUUCUUCUAGCCAUUCGUGGAAUUGGCAAGUUUAGGUCAUUGACGCGCCAGCUGCCUCCAAUUCGACGCCGGCCGGAGGCAGCCGUCCGAUACAUCCUAGAAAACUAUUCAGAUGCCAUGCCUUCCUCAAAAUGCAUGGACCGGAACAUGUCGACAUUGGUGAUGGAUGCCUUGGAGUUGCAGCAGGAAUUCAACUUUGCCCAGAUGUUGCAAGGCGAAAAUGUCGCAGGGAACCUGUGCCAAUUGAAAGACUUCAUGCACACCAAGGGAGGAGAGGACACAUUGAAAUUCUUCGUCCUCAUCUUGCUCGGCUUCAUGUCAGGUCUGGCUGGUGGCACAGGCUCUCGUUUCAUGACCUGCCGCAACGCCGAAACCACGAUCAUGGGCUUGAACACCAUGCAGCAUGUCUUGAACGAGGACCCUGCACGGCUGUACUGGACUUACAUCUACCAUCGAGGAUUGGGUUUGUCGCGGGCUCCGCAGCAUUCCACCGACCUUGCAGUCAUUCGCCUGGCCUGUUUGUGCCGGAUCCAGACGCAAAAGGAUUUCCUUAGCCUGCAGAGAUCCUGGGAUGCCCUUGGCACACCUGAGCAGCAAGAGCUUUGCAAGCAUCUUCUUGCAGAUGGCAUCACCAAUUCGGCUGUGAUUUUUGAGUUCCUGCCCCUAUGCUUGGAGCGUGCCAACACGAACCCCUUUGUCACUGUGCCCUGCUUUCUGGAGGUUUUGGUGGAGUUGAUCCAAGCGGUACGAUCUUCGGAGCCGGCUCUGCAAAGUCGAAUGCUUACUGUCGACUUGGCAGACAUGGCUGCCUUCACGCUCAUGGUUCGGAACAGCUUCAUCUUUCAGACAUGCCUCUCGCGGGCCAAGUUGAACAAACAAGAUGAUCGCUUCUAUUUGGAGGUUACUCAAGAAAAUUGGCGUCGUGUGAGCGAACCUCACACCGACAUCAUCAUGUUGGCGACAUCCGUUCGAGAUCUUGCUCGGAGCCAAGCGAAGGACAUGAGGCUACGGCUCGGCGACGAGGGCUACUGCAGCGUUUGA